AUGAUAUCGCGCUCGCCACCUAAGUCGCAGCCAUCUACACCACCGCCACAGUAUACCCAACCGGUCGCCGCCGCUGCUAAUCUUAUGCUACACAAACACUAUCCUUCCGAUCCAUAUAUUUCAUCUGAUCCGAAACACCAACAAAACAUCUCCAGCCGGUCUAAAAGAAGAAGAGAGGACGAUUUAGAAGAAUUAAAGUCUGAGGUCAAGACUAUGUUUAAGGAAAUGUUAAAAGAGCAACAACAGUACUUUUCGAACCUGAAUGGGAAAAUUGAAGAAAUUAAAGUACAGAAUGACUCAUUAAAACAAGCAAUAGAAUUCAACUCUGAAAGAUACGAUUACUUCCUAAAACAAAUGGAACAAUUUGAACAAGAUAAGAAACAAGAUCGCCAGCAUAUCCGAAAUUUAGAAGACAAAGUUGAACAGUUAGAAAGGCAACUCCGUACUUCAAGUCUGGAAAUAAGGAAUAUUCCUCAAAAACCUAAAGAAACUAAAUUGGAUCUGGUAAAAACAGUCGAGACACUAAGUAAAUUAAUAGACGCGCCAAUCCAAUCUUCAGAAAUAAAAUAUAUUUUUCGCAUUAACUCCAAAUCUGAAAAGAAAACAAUAGUGGUUGAAUUUACAUCAGUGUUGACCAAAGAAAAAGUUACACAAUCGGUCAAAUAA